AUGGCACCGAUGCGCCGCCCUGCUGCUGCCGCCAAGCCCGUCCUCCGGCGACCAGCGCAGCGCCGGGCGUACUACCCAAAGGAGCAGUGCCCCGGCCGCUCCGAAGCCAACGCCUGCAGGUUCAGCACGGUGAGCGUUGGGGACAAGGCCAGAAUGCAACCUGCUCGCGGACAGACGAGGUGUUGCUUCUGCGACGCCGACCUCCUGCAGAAGCAUCUGACGACUGCUCCAGGCAAGCGAGCCAUCAGCAAUGCCCUCGAGUACUUCAAGGAGCACGAUGAGGAGAUCUACGAUGAUGCGUGCAACCGGAUCAAGGCUUUUGUUGGGCAGGAAGCCUUAGACCAGUGCCUGGGCAGAUUGGCGCGGCUGCACAAGAAGGGACCCACAAAGGCCGCGCGUGCUCGCAACGCGCAGCAGAAGCGUGAGCAGCGAGAAGCGGCGGCCCGAGUCUCCAAGGGUCGGCCGACCGACGCCGAGCAGGCAGAGCACGAGCGAGAGGAGGCUGCCUGCCUUCGCAGGCUGGCACGCAAGCUCCCCGCCAUCUACCAGGAGGACCGCAGGCGACCGACUGCAGAGUGGCGCAGCCGUCUUGCUGAGGGCUUCUGCAAGUGGGCGCGGUACGAUUCGUGGAGCAUGCAUUGA